AUGGAGGGGAUGCAGCGUGGGGCGGAAUCGCUGGUCCCGUUAGUGGGGGAUUGUGAGCUGGCGCUGCAGCACGCCACCAGCUACGAGCCACCCAUGUACCUCUUCCCGGAGUUACUCCCGAAGGUCCCGGAAGGCACGGCGCCCUUUUCUGUUAGUGACGCGGUGUCGGACGCGGUUGACGUGGAGGCGUCAUCCCUUAACAUUGCGGAGCUGUUCCAUUUGCCUCCGAUGGAGCCGCGCGAGGAGACGGGAGGUUCCCAGGCGGGGGAUGCAGAUGUCGCCAAGGCGGCCACGCCUCUUGCGUCCCCCGCGCCCAUGACGACGUUGGCCGCACUGUUGGCCGCAGAUCGCCUUCAGGUGGCGGGUCUCUCGGCGGAGAUGUUGCAGCGAGGGAAAUUCUCCUCUGGCUCCAUCAUAGAAGAGCUGAUGAAGCUCAAGGAUCGUGCACAGCUGAACGAUAUUGAGGCGCAGGCGAUCAUGUCAAACCACUUCAUUAACGUCCUCGCUUGGCGGACAUUGAUUGAAGUCAACAAUCAGGCCAUGACAGCAGGCAAGCGAGAGCCCACGCCUGAGUGGCGUCGCGGUCGCGUACGACCACGCGAGGAGGCGACGGAGGAAGUAGACAUUGGUGCGAUGCAGCCCUCGGAUGACCCAUGGAGCGCCGAUAUUGAUCUGCAGCCUGGGGUCUUUGUCUCUGCUGCUGAGCAAAAUGUGGAACAACGGAUCGAGCUUAUUGACACGCUGACUGCCCUUUACCGUCGUCCAUGGCAAACUCUGCAGUCGCGCGGAAUACAGACGGAAAGGUUUACACCCGGCUCCAUCAAUGAGACAGCGCCCUUUGUGGACCCUGUCAAACUUCCCGCCGCCAUGCUGGACCCUGUGAAUGACCUUGGAUGGAAACCCUCAACUGUAGAAGAGGCUCCAACUAAUUUCUGGGAAUUAAGGCUGACUUCGUCCAGUACUGCGGCCUCAGAAGUGAUUCCGUUACGAGGACGCUUCCUGCACUUUGGCCGCAACGCUGGCGUCACAAGUGCCGCGCAUGGUACUGUGACAAACGUUCAUAUUGGACUCUCCGCCUAUACAAACCACCCUGAAUUUAUCUCACCCCAUCAUUUCUCGCUUGCGGUGUUUCCAGCGAAUCCCAAACGGGUCGCCGGCGAGGCGGGCGCUGCGGUGAAGCAUGAGUUGGAUGGCAAUGGGGAAACUGGUGAGGAGGGCCAAUCCCUCUGGCUCAUGAACUAUGGGCGUAACGGCGUUCGCAUUGCUGGGAAGCAGUGGACGCUGGGAGACAUGGUCCGCCUGGAAGUUGGAGACGUGCUUCAACCCACCGAUGACAUUCGUCUCGUGGUGCUUGGUGGAGGCGGCUGCGGCGGCGCAGUAGGCGAGGCAUCGCCGGCCGAGGCCACGCCCGCCGCGAAACCCGAGGUAUUGCUUGAGGAAUACAUUGGAGCAGCCACGGAACGAGCUGCCGCACAAAUUGCCACUUCAGCGCGUUCGUCGCCUUCUUCUCUUGAGGCUUGA